GCACUUCCGACGUCACACGUGUGCGUGUGGAUGGCACUGAAGUAAACCUGAGAGCAGUGUAAGCAGUGAACAGUGAACGUGUGCUGUUAUUUGCAGUAUCCAGACUAUUCCUAAAGCUCUGAAAACCAGAACCCGCCCUCUGGAGCUGACCCACGCUCCUCUGUCUCCUGUCGGGCAAACACUCACCCUCUGCGGAGAGAAUGCUGGAGCAGCUGGGCCUUAUCGGGACCCUCCAGGACGAUGAUCUGAGCCCCGAGGAACCCAACUCCGAGUCCGACUGUGAGGAGGAGCCCAUUGUGCUCAACCGUAAGAAGAAGCAGGCCAAGCGCAGCCGCGGGGCCGGGGACUUCAAUGCAGACUUUGAGUUUGGAGAGAGGGAUGUGGGCCACAUUGAGCAGCCCUGGCUCCCACAGGACGUCCUGAGCCAGAUGAAGGCCAAGAGGACGCCCACCAGCCUGGACCAGAAGAUCGAGCAGGUCCGGAAGAGGAGAAAAGCCCAGGACAAGGGCUCCACAGAGGCUCCUCUGGAAGUCAAACAGGACCCAGGGGCUGGACAGAGCCAGAACUCUGCAGAGGCUACCACUGGGGGGAAGCACUCAGACAACUCAGAGGAGGAAGAGGAGUCGGAGGCUGAGUUUAGCUCCGGAGAAGAAGAAAUCCUCACCAAAUCUGACACUCUGAAAGACAAGGAGCGUAAAGGGAAGAGAAGGAGGAUAGAAGACGAGUCUGCACAGAUGUUUGAAGACGCCUCAGAGUACGACCCCUCUCUGACCUUCAGUGACAUGAACCUGUCCAGACCCAUCCUGAAGGCUAUCACAGCCAUGGCGUUCCAGCAGCCCACUCCAAUCCAGAAGGCAUGUGUCCCUGUGGGACUCCUGGGCCGAGACGUGUGUGCCUGCGCUGCCACAGGAACAGGGAAGACCGCUGCCUUCAUGCUGCCCAUUCUGGAGCGGCUGCUGUACAAGCCCCGCAGUGCACAACUCACCCGUGUCCUGGUGCUGGUGCCCACUCGAGAGCUGGGCAUCCAGGUGCACUCUGUUGCCCGCCAGCUGGCCCAGUUCACCAGCAUCACCACCUGCCUGGCCGUGGGCGGGCUGGACCUGAAAUCCCAGGAGGCCGCUCUGAGGGCGGGCCCAGAUGUCCUCAUUGCCACCCCAGGACGCCUCAUCGACCACCUGCACAACACGCCCAGUUUUGAGCUCAGCCACAUUGAGAUCCUGGUGCUAGAUGAAGCUGACAGGAUGUUGGAUGAAUACUUUGAGGAGCAAAUGAAAGAGAUAAUCAGAAUGUGCUCCCACAGCAGACAGACCAUGCUGUUCUCAGCCACUCUCACUGACCAGGUAAAGGAUCUGGCCACAGUGUCCCUGAAGGACCCGGUGAAGAUCUUUGUGAACAGUAACACAGACGUGGCUCCAUUUCUGCGGCAGGAGUUUGUGAGGAUCCGAGCCAAUCGUGAGGGGGACCGGGAGGCUGUGGUGGCAGCUCUGCUGACCAGGACCUUCCAGGACCAUGUGAUGCUGUUCACACAGACCCGGAAACAGGCCCACCGCCUGCACAUCCUGCUGGGGUUGAUGGGGCUGAAGGUGGGCGAGCUGCACGGCGAGCUGAGUCAGACGCAGCGCCUGGAGAACCUCAGGAGGUUCAAAGAUGAGCAGGUGGACGUGCUGGUGGCCACAGAUGUAGCAGCACGAGGCCUGGACAUCGAUGGUGUUAAGACUGUGAUAAACUUCACUAUGCCCUCCACACAGAAGCACUAUGUGCACAGAGUGGGCAGGACGGCUCGUGCAGGUCGCUCCGGGCGCUCAGUGUCUCUGGUGGGAGAAGCAGAGAGGAGGAUGCUUAAGGAGGUUGUCAAGACAGCCAAGAGUGCGGUGAAGGCCCGUGUCCUACCUCCAGAGGUCAUCCUCAAGUUCAGGGACCACAUCCAGAAACUGGAGAAGGAUGUGGAGGCUGUGCUCAAACUGGAGCGAGAGGAGCGUGAGAUGGCUGCAUCUGAGGCCAAGUUGUCGGUGGCCCACAAGCGUCUGGAGGGUGGAGCCUUGGAGCCUCAGAGGGUGUGGUUUCAGAGCCAGCAGGAACGCAAACAGAGCCGCAUGUCCAAGGCCCUGCAAGACUUUGACCAGGCCAUCAGACAAAAGAAGAAGAGGAAGGAGUUUGUGAAAGGUGCUAAGAGGAAGGACAUCUCUGCUGAGGAGCGUGCCCAGUUUGAGAUCCUGAAAGCCCAGAUGUUUGCUGAACGCGCCGCCAAGAGAGAGCGCCGCCCCAAACGAGCCCGUGCCAUGGUGGAGGAUGAAGCACCCCCUCCAGGAGCCAAGCACAAGGCGGGUAAAGGAGGCAAGAAGUCUGUGUUUGACAAGGAGUUGACCAACACGAGCGGCCGCGUACUAAAGCAAUACAGAGCGGGACCAUCCUUCGCUGAUCGGAAACGCCUCGGUUUGAAGCACAAAACUGCCAAUGGACACAGGAAAGGAGUCGGAGCAUCCAGGUAUAUAUCUUGCUGUUAGUCAGUCCACCAUGAUUGCAUAGAACCC